GACUCGUUCUGCCUGUUCAUUCGCUCGAGGGAUGAUCGAGGCUGGACGGCCUUUUCCGUGCAGCGCGUAUCUGAACCGCCACUGGUAAAAUGAAGGCUUGUCUUCUGUAGCUACUUGGGACGGUCCUACUUCGUUAGCAUGGCUCGAGUAUCUCGGAGACCGGCCUCGGUCCUUGCCAGGCGAGCUCCCAGCAGGGUCCUCAAGAGGAACGCUCGAAAACAUAGAGUGAUUCUGGAAUCUGUUACGCAAGAAAAGAAAAAACUUCGAAGUGUUAUCUCGUUUGAAGCAAAAGCCCCCCCUGGUUACACUUUCAUCACUGCAGGCAACCCCCAGCUUACGACUGCAUGUAAGGAAAUGUGCCGAAAAGAUGGUCUGAAGGUGUUCGCUGUGACGACAACACCGCAUAUGCACACUCACAAUCUUUCUCAACAUGUACAUCGAAUUGGCUAUCAUUUCCCAAGCGCUACUGUCUCUGCAGUGUGCAUGAAUUUGGGUCUCUAUCUCACUGCAGCAGGGAAAGCGGUGCCAUUUCAGAGUGUUGGCGGUGCGAACAACAACCGCAAACGAGCUAACUCAGAAGUAUCCCAGACCACCAUCAACACAGAAGCGAGGGAUGUCUUGAAAGACCUUUUCCCUAAUAUACCAGAUAAUGAUCUGAAUCAAAUUAUCAAAACUGCAUUUCAAAAGGGCCAGCGCAAAGUAGGAACGGCAGUCGAGCUACCCCUAGCUCGUCGGGCUCAGUUAGCGGUUGUGGCACAUAUCCGACAUAUUUACACUGACUACGAUCGUCUCCUAAAGGCGACAUCCUUCCACGAGGCUAGAACCCUGGUUGAAGAGCCAACCCUAGCUAAGGUAGUGGAAUGGCGAGGAGAUGAUGAAAACGGAAAGACAGUUCUGGAGGACGUUUUCCGGGAGGUCAUUGUCAUAUCCGAUGACGAAGAUAGCGAUACGGAGGGAGAGGCGCCUCCUUCUGUCGAUCGAGAUCACAGUGUGAUGGUUGUUUCCAGUAAUCCUCGGGCUGACGAGCUUCAAACAAAGCCGCUCAAUUAUGCAAACCCUGCCCUUCGUGACACCCAGCUAGACAUAUCGGAUGAUGAAGCGCCACCCGGAUUUCGCUUCAUUCCAGAGGCACCCAGAAGACACAGGAUUGAUCGCCGUGGUUUCAGCAGAUAUCAAGCCUGGGACCGCGCUAUCAAUCGAUAUAGAAACAUAACAAAUGAAACUGACCAGCGCAGAUUGCAUGAUGUUUCUGAUGUUCGGAGGCCAAUUGUUGCUCGACAGCCAUUACUAGAACAUGUCGGGUUUGACCUAGAGCCUGCCAACCGGCCACAUGUUUCGCUUGCACCUCUUGCUACAUCAAAUGCAAGACCGUUUAGUACUGGCACCAGCAGAACUGUUAUGGACCCGGUAAUGGAACGUCCGUAUGAGUUGCACCGCGUGGCUGAAUUGCCUGUCCAAAGGAGAGAGGUUGCCCCUCUAUCAGGUGCGAUUCCCUUGGAGCGAGUGCCAGCUGUUCAACAACAGAAGCGUACAUACCAGCGCGAGGGCUCUCCAAACGCCCCUGUAUUUGUGAGUGGCCCUAGAGAUAUUCAUGAGAUGACCGGGGACCCAACUGUACUUCAAAGACCACCGGGCCCGUCCCACCACAGGACCAAUGUACAGCCCCAGGAUCAUGCAUUGCCCUCUAUUGAGACCCCUUUACCCGUGGAAAUCCGGCGUCCCAACAGUGGCCAGUUAGACCAUCUUGCCAAAAGAAUGUCGGGAGGCUUCUCAAUUCGAUCAGUAACACCCCACCGCCUAGCCCGCCAGGAUGAUCUGGAAGGUUCAGAUCGAGAUCAAGCUUCUAAGCGAAGGCGUAUGGCUUACUACGAGUCUGAUCGAUCUGAACACACUCAUUCUAAGGUUGCCUCCGCCAGUGCAGCUCUUCCCUACACCGGCAGCAGGUACCAGGAAGCCUCUGGAUAUACACCCCUAGGACACUCUUCAACCCAGGACGAACCUCAUUUCCGUAAGAGAUAUGCCGCCCCGGUUGGAUCCUUUCCUAUUGCCGAAAGUCAGCCAGAAAGAGCGCAAUACCCCUCUGCGUUUGCCACCAAUAUGGAUCACAGAACCGGGAUAGCCGUUCACCCAAGGCCAUUGGAAGAACUUCACGGCCAUGCAUCUCAUCUUGUCCCCUCUGAGAUUCUUAUUCAUCACAGGUCUCCAGGCCAAUCUCAUGUUGUGCCGAACAUGAGAUAUGGCAUCUCCGAGGAUAAUGCUUCUGAUAGGCUUGUUCCUGUGUGGUCCUCCGAGUUGAGAGAGCGGCGUGUUUACCAUAAAGUACCCGGAUUUAACACUAGCAGUUCGAGACCGUCUGAAGCGGUAGAGCCACCAGGACCUACUUGGGGUGGCAGAGAUUAUGAGCACGCCUUUGUUUCGCAGGAAUCGUCUCAAAGAAGACACUAUGCCGAAGACUUCGUUCGUGCUGUUGAUUUGAGGGAUCCCGUCCCACUAAAGUAUCCAGCGCGGCGUCGUCUUCAAACGGCAACUCAUCCUGUCGGAACCCAUCCGCAACCAGUUGGGGUUCCUGUGCAGACCGAACCAUAUCUGCGUAGCUUGCCCGGUAGCAUGGAAUCCCAGUCCCUUGGCCGUGUUUGUCUGGAUUCCCGGGCGGGACCCGCUAUCCAGGAUUAUGCCAUGGCAGAUGAUCAAGGCCCGAGAAAUUACAUUGACAGGGUACCUAAUCCGCCUUUUGCAGCCCGCUACUACGACAGGGGAUGUGAAGGCGCGUUGGACUCUUCACGACAAGCCUACGAGCAUCCACACGAUGGCUCGCGGACGGAACAACAGCGUUAUUCUACCUAUGUAAGACGAGCUGAGCGAGCUCCGUAUACGAUCCCCGAGGGUCGGACGGUUGUUAUCGUGGAUUGAAGACACGUAUUGGGCUCCUUGAUGUAUUUCUUGUAAAUGUCCGCAUAUGCGUUGCUGUACAUAAGUCAAGCGGAUGUGAUACCCGACCACGUGUCAACAAUGAAUUUGGCAAGCAAGAUGCUUGCUUCCUACGCACUCGUUCUGCUCUACUUGAUCCAAGCAUACUUACGAGUAAGCACAGCCCCGAGUUAGUUGGGCCCACGAUGGUAC